AAGUGCUCGUAGCUCGUUACUAACAAGCAUAAUAGACCAAGCACGCUAUGGCCGUUUCUCCUGUAUUAAAAUCGCCGUUAUCCAAGUCGUUGAAAGUCGCACUUAUCCAGUUGAAAGCUGGAGCUGAUAAGAGUGCUAACUUGGCCAAAGUAACGAAAUUCAUAGAUGAAGCCAUUGCUACUUCUACCAUUGGUUCCUUGGACUUGGUGAUGUUGCCAGAAUGUUUCAACUCGCCAUAUGCCGUGGACCAGUUCAGAAACUACGCUGAGUUGAUCCCUUCUGGGGAGACUACUUCCGUAUUGUCUGAGUUGGCUAAGAAACAUAAGGUGUACAUCAUUGGAGGGUCCAUUCCGGAAUUGGACCCCGAAGCAGGCAACAAGAUCUUUAACACUUCGUUAACUUUUGCACCAAGUGGAGACAUCAUUGCCAAGCAUCGUAAGGCCCAUUUAUUUGACAUUGACAUCCCUGGAGGAAUCACCUUUCAAGAGUCUGUGACCUUGACGGGAGGAGACAAGGCUACUGUCUUCAAGUUGGGAGAUUUCGGUAACGUAGGUUUGGGUAUCUGCUACGAUAUCCGGUUCCCUGAAUUGGCUCAAAUUGCAUCUCGUAGUCCUCACAACUCGUUUGCCAUGUUUUACCCAGGAGCUUUCAACACUACCACGGGCCCUUUACACUGGCAUUUGCUUGCAAGAUCCAGAGCUGUGGACAACGAGUUAUAUACCGUGUUAUGUAGUCCUGCUAGAGACGUAGAGGGCGGAGGCUACCAAGCUUACGGGCAUUCCUUGGUGGUGGACCCUUAUGGAAAAGUCAUUGCUGAAGCUGGUGAAGGUGAAGAAAUCGUUUUUGCUGAAUUAGAUAAGGAACUUAUUCCCAAAGCCAGAGAAGGCAUUCCAGUUCAUUAUCAAAGAAGAUUUGAUAUCUACGAAGACUUCGUAGGCAAAGGAAAUGCCAAGGUCAGCGAUUUAUAGAAUGUCUAUAAUUGUGUAUAUCUAUAUAUAUAUGUACAUGAUUAAAUCUCUUCGUCUUCC